AUUUAUUCCAAGGACGUUUGGCAUAUUUUGCCCAACACCAUGACAAUGGACAACUAACAAUUUGGGCAUAAAGAGAAAAAAUACAAAACAUUAUGCACAGCAGAGAGUCAUAAAAGCAGGGGGUGUGAUUUAAAAAACGGUGGUUUGUGCUAAUUCAUAUACGUAGUGCAAAGCAGAAAGUUGGCGGAGGGACAAUACAGGCAUACAUGCAUCCAUAGGACGACAUACAGUACAUAACGUACAUCAUGCGCACUUUCCUGGUUCACCAUGAUGGACUAACGAUCUACGAGCGGGUGUUUAAAAGUGCAUCGUCUGAAAUCUCAUAGCUUUUAUAUCACCGGCUAAAUAUUGCCACAGACAAGAAGAGGCAGGAGAACCGCAGAUCAUACCUGCCGUUUAUCUGGCGUUUGCACGGCAUGUUUUACUCCUAUUUCAUUCAGUUAGAAACUGUAAUCUAGACCUGAUAUUUUCUAGGAGUGACUCUCGCCUGUCAGCGUGUCACCAGUGACCGUAUUUUCGCUCCUUGUUUCGCAGUUUGUCGCUGUGGUUUGACUUGCAGAACACGGUCGUCAGUCAGCGGAGAGCAAAUCAUCCAAAGUAGGCAUCCUGCUAUAAAUCAGACAUCUGAUCGUCGAAUGGCUUCGGGUCGAAAAGGCGAGGAUGAAAUGGCGAAUAUGCAUCUGGCCGAGGAUCAGAUCCGUGUUCUGGAAGAAAAUUUCAGCAAAGUAACCAAGCAUCCGGAUAAGGCGACUCUGACGCUGAUCGCAGCCGAGUGCGGACUGUCGGAGGAGCGCACCGCCAGAUGGUUCCGACACCGCAAUGUGCAGUGGCGGCGCUCCGAGGGUCUGCCCGCCGAGCCCGGGUUCGUCACAGACUGACUCCCGGCUGAACACGGCCCCUCCCGGCCGGCCGCAGCUCCCGAUUACGCCGCCUGACCGCAGUGGGUGACACGAACGGACUUUCUGUCCUUUUUGUCCUUUAUUUUCUCUUUGCUCAGCUAAUCUGAAUAUGGAAAGUGGUCUAUAUUUAGUUUUGCCAAUGUAACCAUUUUAACAGCGAACUGUAUGUUUGAUCCACGUUAUCAGUAUUGGGUGUGAAAAUGUGAUAUAAAAUGAAGGGACCAGAGGGAGAGAGAAACAAGUAAAUCGUACACUGUAAACAUGGUAACUGAGUAUAAUUAAAGGAGGUUCCUCCUGAUAUUGGAGGUUUAGUGUGUGUGUGUGCAGGUUCUUAUCCUACUGAAUCAUCUGAGCAUUCAAUUAGUUGAAUGUUUUAUUGUGAUCUAGAUUCCGUUUUUCUGUGCUGAGCUCGUUUGUUGUUGAAGUACAACUGAAACGUAGAGACCUUCACUGCGGGUCCUGCAGAGUGACACUUGGGGAUUACAUGACCCCGGGGGGAUCAUAUGACUGUACCGCCUUCUGUUAGAGUAUGUGCUGGCUUUGAAGAAGAAUAGAAGUCACACCCCAUUUUACUAAAUAUAACCUUGCACAAAAAGCUUCUCAGUCAGUACGCUGGAAUUUGAAACGUAUCUCUCUGAUACUGUAGGUCUCCUGUUUCUUUGUUUUCACUGAAGCCAUUUGUCAAACAUGUAUUAAAAAUAAUUAAAAUGAAACUGCUAUCGA